AUGCAAUCACGUAACUAUCCAUUACGUUCUCCAUCCAGCACCAACAUUCAUCCGAAUGCUCGAUGGCAACAAAAUGGUAUCACUGUAGCUGGAGGAAAUCGACAAGGCAAUGGAAUCAAUCAACUCUCAAACCCAUAUGGUUUGUAUGUUGAUGAUGAUCAAACAAUCUAUGUUGCUGAUAGCUCGAAUCAUCGUAUUGUGGAAUGGAAACGAGGUGCAACAAGUGGCCAAGUGGUUGCCGGUGGAAAUGGACAAGGAAGUGGAGAUCAUCAAUUGGAUAACCCAAGAGAUGUGAUUAUCGACAAAGAGAGAGAUAGUCUCAUCAUAUGCGAUUAUUCGAAUAGAAGAGUGGUUCGAUGGCCUCGUCGAAAUGGGACAAGUGGAGAAACAAUCAUCUCCAACAUCGAUUGUAGGGGUUUGACAAUGGACGAGAAUGGAUCUCUCUAUGUCACUGAUGAUGUAAAAAAUGAAGUGAGACGAUAUCGAAGAGGAGAAUCUCAAGGAACAGUGGUUGCAGGUGGCAAUGGAAGUGGAAAUCGUCUCGAUCAACUCUCUUACCCACAAUACGUAUUCGUCAAUCGAGAUCAUUCAGUGUACGUAUCUGAUGGGAACAAUCAUCGUGUGAUGAAAUGGAUGGAAGGUGCAAAACAAGGCAUUGUCGUGGCUGCUGGUCAAGGACAAGGAAAUGGUCUUACACAAUUGUCAUAUUCUCAAGGAGUCGUUGUCGAUCAAUUGG